UAUGUUAAGUAACGAAUAGAUGAUGCUUCCACUUCUUUCAAGGGACCUGAACCGAACAUUUCAUUUUACCAAGAAAGCUUCCCCAUACUGCCAGCGUUUAAAAGAAGUUGGUCGUAGACAAUCACUACUCUAUUCUACUGAUGAACGAUUAAUCUAAAAUAUUAUGCUCUGUUAAGGUUCUACAUUGAAAAUGGAUCUUAAAUUCAAAACUGCUAAACCAAAAUAAAGGAACUACAAAUAAAUCAAUAGAAAAAAUCAUUUUGAAAAACAUAUUAAUGUAGAUAUCUCGCCAUGGGAUAAUUUUUCACCUUGA